UAGGAGAAAACAAAAUUGUCACUUGACAGUUGGGGGGAACUUGAGUUCAGAAAACAACAAAGGAGAAACACAGGAUGGGUGAGAAGUGAAGGAAUAACCGCAGAGAACAGGGAGAAGAAAAUCGUGGCACGGAUGAAAGGAUUAAACAGCUCCAGCCACCAGUGAAGAACUCCGGGACAUCUAAAUAAUGGCAACCCUGCCCAAAGAGCCCCCUGAGGAUGUGAAGAAGCAGAGCUUCUGGAUGCCAGGGAAGUAUGAGCGCACUGUGCGCCGCACCGACCAGUCCCACCAGGCGUGUAACGACAUCAUGUCCUGCUUCCUGGAGAGGGCCAAGGUGGAGAAGCACUACUCCCAGCAGCUCAGCCAGUGGAGCAGCAAGUGGAAGGCCAUAGUGGACUCCCGGCCCCUCUACGGCUCUCUGAUGAGGGCGUGGCAGUGCUUCUUCUCCUCCGCUGAGCGCCUGGCCGUUCUCCACGCCGCCAUCUCCCAGUCGCUCACCGUGGAGGACGGGGACAGGGUGAAGAUCUGGCAGAAGGAGACGUUCCCCCGGAAGAUGUUCUGUGGGUUCCGCGAGACGUACCAGAACAAGACAGAGUUCUCCCGAGCGCAGAAACCCUGGUCCAAGAGGAUGACAAAGCUGGAGAAGGCCUGUGGUGCGUACCACAAGGCCUGUCAGAAGGAGCAGACAGCCGUGGACAGAGAGAAACAGGCCAAGGAAAACACAGAGCUGAGCCCGGAGAAACAGAAGAAGAUGGAGGAGGCCAGGGAACGUGCCACAGAGGACAAGGAGAAAGUCCGCGAGCGGUACGAAAAGAUGUUGGAGGAAGUCACAUCUUACACACCUCGCUACAUGGAGGAGAUGGAGGCCAUUUUUGACCAAUCACAGGAGGAGGAGAGGAAGAGGAUCAGCUUCCUGAAACAGGCCUUCCUCUCAAUCCACAGACACUUAGACAUCACCAACAAUGACAGUGUGAAGGCUGUGUAUAGCGAGCUGCACCACACCCUCAUGUCUAUCAGUGAGCAGGAUGACCUACGCUGGUGGAAGAACAACCAUGGUCCGGGCAUGCCCACCGACUGGCCACAGAUUGAGGAAUGGGUCCCGCCUGUCAAAAGACUGAAGAGGAAAAAGAGAGACAAGAAGGGCCAACUGGACCGACCGGUGAUGAUCGGAGGAGUGAAGGUGAGAGCGCUGUAUAACUACGUGGGAGAAGAAGGUGACGAGCUGUCGUUCAGAGCAGGGGAGGUCUUCCUGAAGGUGGAGGAAGAGGAUGACCAGGGGUGGUGCAGGGGAGUGAUGGAUGAAGAGAGGGAGGGCUUCUACCCAGCCAAUUAUGUUGAGCUUGUGCAGUAAUUAUGUCAUAGUGCCACACCGAACGAUUUUCGAGUAUAAUGUCUUGUAUUUCACGAAGUGUGCAUGUCUUGGUUGAAACAUUCACUGUUGGUGCCUGAACAUUUAAAUAUUGUCGAUUGUAGUAAAUAACCUUUAAUGUCAACAUCCCCAAAUGUAGUUGUAGUAAAUGUGCAAUGUAGCUACAACAUCACCGAUAGUCUUUCUAAAUGUUUUAAGAGACAAAGGUUAAAUCAAGCCAAAAAGUUUAUUAAAUUAAUAUUAAUUAUGUGACAAUCUAACCUUAAGGGGUUUAACUUGUUGGUGAAAUGAAUUAACUUAUGAAUGACUUCUACGCGUUGUGCUUUUAUGCUUUCUGUGCUAAGGGCUGUGUUUGUGCGUUAGUAGGCGUGUUAAGAGAUAACGAGGUUGUCUGUGUCUUUCACUUCUUUAAAAUUAUUUAUUAACUAAGUAUCAAUAAAAGGUAUGCUACCCUGCACCUUGCCAAAGCACUGGUUUACAGUGAUUUGUGUAUUGAUUAUACAGUCAACAAAAUGUAUCCUAUGUUUACACAUAGGAUUGUAGGACAUUACAUUAUUUCAAGUGUAUUUGGAAAAUAAACAUCCGACAUUUUGAAAAA